UGUGUACAAGUGAAGUUGUUGUGGCCAAUGAUAUGACACCAACAGAGGGAAAAAACCUGCACACACCCUCUCUGGAGCAUAUAAAGGUGGCCUUUCAACUGUUCUUUUCUAAAAGAUUCCUGAAAACAUCCACCAGUGCUGAUCAUUUCAAAGACUUCUACAGAGACUCUGACAUCAACAUGCUCUUGUUCCUCUUCUUGUUUGGGCUGGCUCUGGGUGCUGAGCCUCCUUCAGAAGACCAGCAAGUGAAGCUUCAGCGUGCUAACUGUCCCAUGUUCUGGUACAGCUUCAACGGCCGCUGCUACAAGUACGUCGCCACACGAAUGAGCUGGGCUGAUGCAGAGCUCCACUGUGUGUCACAGAGAGCCAACCUGGUGUCUAUCCACAGUAGGGAUGAAAACAAUUUCGUCAAAUCCCUGAUCAAGAACUUUGAUCCUGUUGAGGGACGCACCUGGAUCGGACUCAGUGACAUCCACAAAGAAGGCAGGUGGAUGUGGUCUGAUGGGUCUGUGGUCAACUUUCUCCUGUGGAAUGCAGGACAGCCAGACAAUGCUGGAGGAAAUGAACACUGCGGACACAAAAACUUUGGGGCAGCUUUAAAAUGGAAUGACUUGCCGUGCUCUCAUACUAAUACUUUUGUUUGUGCGUAUAAGCCGAAUUGUACAUAGCAACUGAUGUUCGUCACAUUCAGAUCAGUGGCAGUCUGCCUGUUGCUCUGUAAUAAUGUGCUAAGCCUCCUUAAAGAUACAGAUGUGUGAGUGUAUGUACAGUCUUAAUUUGUGAAUAAACUCUCAAAUAAAAGCAAAUUGUUUAUUAUAUGAUUAUAACAUUGUUAUUUAUUUUACACAAGUCCUGGACUCCCAUCAAAAGAUUUUGUUUGUGAUAUGAUCAAGUCACUUACUUAGUAAGUUACCGUACACAACAGGACGUAGUUAUG